AUGGACUUGCGUGCUACGCUGAACGCAAUUGACGACAACGACGACAACGACUACAAUGAAGAGCCGCCAGUGCCCAUCCAGACUGAGAGCGUAGAUGUGUAUCUGCUGAGACCGGAGGAACCGCGCGAGAUCGAGACCAAGGAUUUUACCAUCAUGAAGCCCACUAACAACAAAAUGCAUCGUCUUAUUCGUUUCUAUCCUCGUUGCCAAAUCUCGUACCGAGCAACGUUGCCGGCUGAAGAAAAAACGGCGGUGUCUCCAUGGGGUAACGUCACGUCUACGAUACUGCCAGAGCGUCCACCACGCCACAACAGUGGCUUCAGCAACCCUAGUCGCAAUGCUGAGAUUUUUCGACUAAAGAGUGACCUUCUCCAGGAUUAUUUUGCCUCAAUGCAGGAUGAUGACCGAGAAGCUGCCAUGUUUGACGCGCUCAUUGGUCGGAGCGCUCGCCCUGCUCAGCAGCCAAAUUGGGUGUCUCAUGCUAAUUAUACUGGCCAGUUGCAGGAUGAAAACGUGGCUCUUGCACCUUUACGUGGACGACGGCCGCUCCCGAAGUAUAAGCCUGUGACAGUGGGAGGGAAAGACUUCAUUCCGUUGACAUGUAUUAAAUCGGAAAGCCUCACCCUCGACGAGCGUGUGAAGUAUGUAUCGUCACUUUGGCCAGGCUUAGCGCCUGUUGAUGAUGAUGAGGAUAUUAUGGAUUAUUACGGAAUUGAGGUGCAGAUCAUCUCAGAGGAAGAGAAAGAGAGAGAGUUAGCUGCGGAGACAGAGAUGGAAGAGAGUAGCGACAUGCGUAAGGAAGGUGAAAUGCCCCUGGUAGCACCAACUUCAGUCGCGAGAAUGCUGCUAAUCGAUGCAGAUACAGAGACCAAAUCGGAAUGUGACGACUGCAGUUCCGAGACAACUGCACCAUCAUCUCCUGAGAUAUCGGUAAAAGCACGAAGUGCAGCACUACGGAAAUUGAAAGAGGCGGCAGCAGAAGAUGACGAUGAGAUUAAGCCGAAUCCUAUCGCAACAAAGCAGGAUGACUGGGUGCAGUGCGACAAGUGUCAAAAGUGGCGCCGACUACCCAAUCAAGUAAACGUGUUGGAGCUGCCAGCUGUCUGGUACUGCAACAUGAACCGGUGGGACAAGCGGCACAAUAAAUGCUCGGCAGAAGAAGAAAAGCUUGUAUUGCUCAUGAAAGGAACCGAUUUGGCGGAAUACCGCCAGCGCAAGUUUGUACAAGACUUCAUUCAGCGCUGCAAGCGUCUGGAUCAAUUGACGCACCAUUACAAGUACACAAACUCCCACGACGAUGACGGAGAACGUAAAUUCGUGCAAUGUACGGAAUGCCUGAAGUUUCGUCCACUUAUUGGUGGUAUGGACCCAAACAAAGUAGCUGAACCUUUCGUUUGCUGGAUGAACUGGGAUGAGCUCUUGGCGAGUUGCUCAGCACCCGAAGGACCGCUAUAUCCUCGGAUGAAGCCAGGGCGGUAUAACUCAGCAGCGCGAGGUGGCAGCAGUAUUUCGUACAUCUCAUCGGACGUUGUUGGGGACGACAUCAAGGAAAAGAGGGGAAUAUACACAGCCAGCGACCCCCGUGAUCGCAACAAACAAGGUAGAAAAAAACGCCAAAUCAUAUUCGGGAGUAUUGAAAGAGGUGCGAGUGCCGGCAAAGCAGGAACGAAGAAGACAAAACGAAGAACUCCAGCAUGA